CUGGCUCAGCCUCAUUGUCAUUGGACGAACGGUUGCCUGGUAACCGCGCUCUUGUAGUCUGCGAGUAGCCAUUAAAGAUUCUCGCCAGAAGAGCAGAUCGACAGAUGGGUUUGGAGUGACUGGGAAACAGAUGUGCAAAGAGGCUUUUAUGCCGAGGCUGACAGGAAAUAAAAGAUAGAAUUGUUUUGAAGCAAUAGGAAUUUGUUUUAAAGUGAAAAUGGCUUCCGCUUAUAAUAAUAUUUCCGAUGUUUUCGGUAGUUUAGUUUUCUUGAUGCGACUAUGUGGAAUUGACAUCAGCAACAAUCUUGCUUCCUCUGUUAACAAGAUAAGAGACACUACUGGAGUCCAGUCAUCACACAGCACGACUUUGUUAGUGAGUGGUCCAGCAUCCUCCAUCGACACACAGACGCCUUCACAAGGCAUCCCCACCCACGGUUUUCAGAGACACGGGUUUAAAAAAUAUUUCUUUCGUGUUUCUGGAUUUCUGGUGGUGGCAGUGACAUGGGCCAGCCUUCUGCAGACUGUCCUUUCCUUUUGGCUGGACAGCAGGACGGAGGAGGGAAUCUUUGUCCUGCGGAUCACCAGCACGCUUUGGUUGUUGCAGUGCGCAGCCAACGGAACCGUUCUCUACAGGAUCGGGUUUUCCGGUUGGUUGAGCACACUUUGUGAAAGCCUGGAAGACUUUCAUCUAGCAGCCAUGGCUUUGAACGUCUGCGAUGACAAGACCAUACCUCGGUUAUAUCAGAGCAUUCGUCGCAACAUCCGGGCUUUUGUGAUUUCGCAAGGUCUCUUAGCAGCGUUGUUUUUCUUCUCUUACUAUUUGUGUCUGAAGUGAAGUACAUGUUUGACAAAAUGGCAUUCCCCUUUAUUCCUAGCUCCAGCUCAUGGGUGUUGUGUCCUCUGCUCUUAACGAUCAACAAUACUUGCUGGAUCCUUGGCUAUGAGCUAGUCUGCAUCCUGACCAUCACACUCAGACAUCUCUUCCACCAGCUGGCAGUCGGCAUCGCCGAUCAUCGCCUUCACAACGAGAGGUUUGUCAGUCGUCUGGGGGACUACUCCAACCUGUACGUUGAUUUGUCCCGUGUCACCUGCUUGGUAGACAGGUAUCUCCGGGUCAUCAUGGCCGUGGCUGUCUUCAUCAACUCCGUCAUUGCCGUUUUCGUCAACUACAUAAUUCUCAAGCUAAACUUAAAGGUCUGGGUGAUCUGCGUUGUGUCUGCGUGGUUUUCAGUUUGUGCCAUUGUUUUUCUUGCGACUUCAGUCCUUUGCAGCAGAGUUGAGAGCAAGGCCAAGGCACCGCUACAAACACUGCUUCGUGUCCAGUCAGCAAGCAAGAACCCACAGCACGCUGCAGAGCUGAACCUGUUCAUUCAGACUAUCAUUCACGGUAAUGUGGGCAUCAGUGUUAUGGACCUGUUCGUCAUCACCAAGGGCACCAUCCUCACGAUUGUCAGCGUGGUGGUGUCAUAUUUUUUCGUCAUUAUCCAGCUGAACAUCUAAUCAACAUCCAGCUCGACAUCUGGUCAUCAUCCAGGUGAAUAUCCAGCCAUCGUACAGCUGAGCACCUGGCGCUAAUCUCACCCCACAACCUACAACCGGACUGUUUAGUGUCCUGCACACGUGCCUGAGACCUGGCUCAGCAGACGAGGCCAACAGACAGGCAUCAGAAGGCGUCAGACAGGCGUCAAGCAGGUGUCAGAGAGGCAUCAUACAGGUGUCAGA